UUUCACGUGACCUUCUCACAGCUUCCGCGAUGCUGCGAGGAUUCUACGCCCAAGGCCUGAGCGACCGGCCGCACAAGCCUAAGGACGACCCAGAACUUAUGCGCGCGACGCGAGCCGACUCGUUCGAGUCGUCUCUCGCGACGUACCCGAGCUCGGCCAACGUCCUCCUCCAUGGCGACGCCGUCCACGAGUACAAGCCCGCCUUUCCCUUCCAAGUCGACGUGCUCGUAUCAGCUCUGGCAGAAGGCGUCGACGUUGCGCCGGUGCACCCGCCACCAGGGUUGUCCCGAGGCAAGAGCGCAGUACGGCUAACGAUGACACCGUCGUUCAGUCCCGGUAUCUUUGUCUAGUUGGUUUCUCUUUGUGUCGUUAGUCAAGUGAACUUGUGGGUGUUUUCAUUGUGUGUCUGA